GUUUGGUAUUAGUGAUGAUAUCUGAAGUAAAGCGCGUAGUGUUGGUGUUGUCGGGUAAGGGAGGGGUAGGCAAGAGUACAGUCGCCACACAGUUAGCACUAACACUAACUAAUAAUAAACUUAAGGUAGGACUUCUCGACAUAGAUCUGUGCGGACCAAGUAUUCCCCGAAUGUUAAACUUAGAGGAAUGUCAUGUCCAACAAACUAAUGAAGGUUGGCUUCCCGUAUCAGUUGAUGGCUGUCCACUGCUUAGCGUAAUGUCAAUAGGAUUUCUUUUGAAGGGAAAGGACAGUGCAGUCAUAUGGAGGGGACCGAAGAAGAAUGCUAUGAUUAGACAAUUCAUAACUGAUGUCAAUUGGGGUUCUUUAGAUUAUCUCAUUGUUGACACUCCUCCCGGCACUUCUGAUGAACACAUCUCAGUGGUUGAGUGUCUUAAAGAAUAUCGCACUCCUGAUGGUGCUAUUCUCGUCACAACACCACAGGACCUAUCCAUUGGUGACGUACGCCGAGAGAUCACAUUCUGUAGAAAAGCUAAUAUCAAUAUAAUAGGUCUCAUCGAGAAUAUGAGUGGUUAUGUAUGUCCACAUUGUUCGGAAUGUACAAAUAUCUUCUCGAGUGGUGGCGGCGAAUCUCUGGCCAAAUACGCGGACAUUAGAUUUUUGGCCAAAAUUCCGAUCGACACUAAAUUAGGCGAAUGUACUGAUGAUGGCAUAGAUUUCAUCAAUAAUUUCAAUGAUUCACAAACAGCUAAUAUAUUUGAUAAUAUGGCACAAUUUGAACCUUAA